AUGAGCAAUCAGCCGGUGGCGCCACAGGCGGGCGGCGAGCCCCCGAGCCGUGCUCGCGGAGCCAAUGCGGCGCCGUCUCAGCCAGGGACAGGCCGCAACCGCAAUGCGAGCGUGCAGAGGGAGCGUCAGGCUGUGCCGGGGGUACUGCGCGAUGGCGCUGCCACUAGUGCCGCCAUGGCUGCCCACGGGGAGCAUGUAGGUCGUGUGCUCUACCUGCAGCCACAGUUCGAGGUAAGACAGGGAACGGGCCACCAUGAAGCGGAGCAGCCGCCGGGCCACUUCGGCGCCAGGGAUGCCCCCCAGUCGACGGCAGGACGACCCAGGCCGUCCUAUGUGCCGCGGCCGCAGAAGGGUCGAGAGCAACCUUACGCUGCACCGCGGCGGCUGGCGAUUGAGCAGCCGGAGAUCCAUGGACCGUAUCCGUACGAAGGCGUCCAGGAGGAACGGCAGGGGACCCCACCACAGGAACGAGCACUGCCACGCGGUGGCAGCUAUGCCGUACCGGGAGGAGCACUGCCACCGGGGAGCAGCCGCCCCAGACCGGGAGGAGCACUGCUAGGCCGGAGCAGCCUCAAGACCGCAAAGACCAUCGAGCGCGUCAGCACGCUGACGACGGCGCCGCCGAGCGGGAGUCCACCACCGCCGCAUGCGCAUGACGCCCAUCAGCAGUAUCCACAGACGAUGCCGUCGUCGGGUAAGAAAAUGGAGGAGGGGCAGCCGUCAUCGAAGUUCCUCCAGCAGGGGAAGAAGAAGAAGCAGACGGAGACGGUGGCGUUCUGCUUCACCGCGUGCUGCAUCCUCUUCUGGUUUCUGGUGGUCUGCAUCGGCCUCGCCAUUCUGGUGGUCUACCUCCUCUACCGCCCGCACCCGCCCCGGCUGCGCGUGACCACUGCGACCCUGAAUGCGGGGUAUAUCGACCAGCUCCCGCCACCCAACGUCGGGCUGGCGCUCAACUCCGACCUCUACGUCCUCGCCGCCAUCUACAACCCCAACACCAAGAUCGACGUGGUGCUACACUACAUGCAGCUGGACCUCUACUUCGAGGGCAGACUGAUCGGGACGCAGGCGGUGUGGCCGGCGCCGCUGCACGAGAGGCCCGGCGACUCCGCGCUCCGGAACGUGCACCUGGUGGUGAGCGAGGUGACCAUGACGCGGGAGGACGUCGCGGUCUGGGAGAACUCCACGACCAAGGGCGGCCUCGUGCAGAUGCAGCUCGUCGGCAGGUUCCACGUGCAGCUCAACUUCGGACGCUGGCUCCCGUUCAGGUACUGGGUGUACCCGAGCUGCUCGCUCUGGCUCGAGCCGCCGCCGGGCGGUGCGCUGCGCCGGGCGCGAUGCCGACAAUGA